GUAGGCGCUGCGGCCGCGGUUCUGGUGCCGGCGAGGGCACAGCACCGGCAGAGGCUUCUGGACUGCGCGAUGAGUGGACGCGGCUAACUUCGAGUCUGCAGACAAGAGGAGAAGAUGAAGGAAGAUUGUCCACCCAGUUCUCAUGUGCCCAUCAGCGACAGCAAGUCCAUUCUGAAGUCGGAGCUCUUAAGUCUGCUGAAAACGUACAACUGCUACCAUGAGGGCAGAAGCUUUCAGCUGAGACACCGAGAGGAAGAAGGGGCUCUGAUCAUCGAGGGGCUCCUCAACAUCGCCUGGGGACUGAGGCGUCCCAUCCGGCUCCAGAUACAGGACGACAGGGAGCGAGUGCACCUCUCCUCAGCCUCUUGGGCGCCCGGACCUCCCAGCUGCCACCCAAAGGAGCCACCUCUUCAGGAUGUCAAGGUCACUGCCCAGGAGCCAAGCACUCAGCCCGUGCAGAAGGCUGAGAGUUCCAAAGACAACUCAGCUGCAGAGCCUCUGGAGGAGGACGAGGAGACCCCACAGUUGAUGCGGACCAAGAGCGACGCGGCCUGUGUGAUCCAGAGGAGGCCUAGGUGCCGUGCACCUGGAGAGGCCCAGAGGCUCCGACGACACCGGUUCUCCAUCAACGGGCACUUUUACAACCACAAGACCUCCGUGUUUACUCCUGCCUAUGGGUCCGUGACCAAUGUGAGGGUCAACAGCACCAUGACAACCCUGCAUGUGCUUACCCUGCUGCUGAACAAGUUCCGAGUGGAAAAUGGCCCCAGUGAGUUUGCCCUCUACAUCGUUCACGAGUCUGGGGAGCGGACAAAAUUGAAAGACUGUGAGUACCCGCUGAUUUCCAGAAUCCUGCACGGGCCUUGUGAGAAGAUCGCCAGGAUGUUCCUGAUGGAAGCCGACCUGGGCGAGGAAGUUCCCCACGACGUCGCUCAGUACAUUAAGUUUGAAAUGCCGGUGCUGGACAGUUUUGUUGAAAAAUUAAAAGAAGAGGAGGAAAGAGAAAUAAUCAAACUGACCAUGAAGUUCCAAGCCCUGCGUCUGACGAUGCUGCAGCGCCUGGAGCAGCUGGUGGAGGCCGAGUAGCUGGCCAGCGCCUGCCUUUUCCAAAGUCCCCAGCAGCCAGUGCACACUGAGUGCCAGUGGCAGGGCCCUGACUGGUCACACUGAUUGAAGGCCACUGGCUGAGGAAUCCAGCACCCACGCUUCUACCUGUCUACCUGCCUGAGUCCCAUGAGUCCCAUGUCCCUGGCUCUUGGCUCAGAGGUGAGCACUCACAGGGCCCAGACCCAGGUCUGAGGAGCCAGGAACUCGCUGGGUAGGGUCUGUGCAUAGGCUGGCCUGUGCAGUGAGCAGCCCUGAAGCUGUGGCACCACCCACGCUACGUGGCUGGACGGCGUGGCCAGUCCUGUUCACACCACACCUCUCCUGCUCAGGGGAUCAGUAGCUGACUGAGCCCCUGGGGCCUGGGCUCCAUCUGCUUUCCCAGUGCCUGGCUCAGAACUUCUGCAGGACCACAAGCCGCUGUCCUCAUCAUCCAUAUGAACUACAUGAUCCCUGUCUGCCUUCGCCUCAUGCCGCCACUCAGAAGCUCUGCUGGGAAAAGCAGGGGCCCCGGCAUAUAUAAGACGUGCCCUGCUCACAGCCAUCACUUCAUCUGGCCUCCAAGCCUCUGGUGUAAACCCAUGAGCCUCACACAGCCCAGCACCAUGGCACCUGAGGUCAGACCAGGAAUAAGACCAUGAGCAUCCCAUCUUUUGUCUGCAGCACUCACUCUGAACUUGCCCAGCAAGACCUGAAAGAAUUCUUAUGAGGAUCGUGCUGCAAGAAAGAUGGCGAUUUGAUCACAUGGAGGAGGUGGCCCAGGUGGCGUUGGAAGGAUCCCUCCUCGUGUGGAUGAGAGUCCAGGGACUGCCGGGCAGUAGCUCGGGAAGGCAGGGCUCAGUCCCCAUCGCCACUGUCCCAUGGAUGCCUGUGCCUCUUGCCCUCUCUGGGCUUGCGUUCCUCACUCUCAAUACUUCCCAUCAAAGGGGCAAAAUGAGGAGAAAUGCCUGUUUGAGGAGAAAGGGCUUUGAAUUCCCUGGGGCCAGAUUCUGAACAAUUUGGGUUUAUCAGCUGAUGGAGAAUUUCUGGAAUGAACCAGAAGGCGUUUGCAAAACUAUGCAACAGUUUACAUCUGUCAUGUGAAGUGUUUGUCCAAAACAGAGCAAGCUAAAGACUUCUCCCACUGGGGCCUGUAGAUAGCGAAUUUCAAGGGAAGAACUAUCAAGUCUUCCAAAUAGAGGAGAGAUUCCAUGUCUGCUUCAUGUGGCAGAUCGUCACCAGCACCUAUAAAGAACAGAGCUUGGGGCAGCCGUGCUGUGUGGACCUACCGUUCAGGGCAAACUUCAUGCCAGGAUUUCGCCUACCUAGCUCCCUCGUCACAAAGACGCUCAGAGAGAUGGCCGGGGAAGGCCUGCCGCAGUUCCCGUUUUCUCCACUCGUUUGGCAGCAUAGUUUCCUAGGUGCUCAAUAAAGGUGCGCUGUACUGGAGUUAGGACCAAGCUUCCUUUUUGCCGUCUGUCUACCCUGGCCCCCACUCUAACCCCUGAAACUCUUAUCCUACAGUAUUUAUGGCCAAGUUUGGCAGAAGAGCCAAAGCUGAGCUACAGCCUGCUGCACUUGACACUGACGUGACUCCUUCAUUUCUGUGCAUAUCCUGAGGACUGGUUGGGGCCUGAGGCAGAGGCGGCCGUUAGGCUUGGAGGAGGAGUCAUCGGUAGGGGUCUGUGGGCAGCCUGGAAGAUGAGCGACAGGGUCACCCUGAAUCACAGAGUCUCAGCAUCAGGAGGACCUCAGGAAUCUUCCAGGCUGGGGCUCAGGUGGCAUAACAGCAGGGCCUAGGAGAGAAUGGGCAACAAAUCAAACAGGCUGCCCCAGGUCAUUUGACUCCUCAGCCAGUAUUCACAACCUCAGCUCUAGGACAACUGCCAGUCCAUUGUUCAGCAGUAACCGAGUGAAUGCCUUGUGCCAGACCUGUGCUCAGCCCUGGAAGGACAAAGACAGAGCUACGGUCCACCCUGUGCUCAAGGGUCUCCUCAUCAGGAGGAUCAGGCCACAUACCCAGGAGGGUCAGGGGACCAGCAGAGCAGAGAGCUGGUGAAGGUCACUGGAAGGAGGUCCGAGGCUGCACCCACCGUGACUAAGACAGUGUGUGUGGCAUUGUGGCCUGAGAGACACCUGCCAGCCUGGGAGCAGGACAAGGUCCAGCAGAUGGGAAGCCAUUGAUCUGUAAGCCCCUCUGUAAGCAUGGGCCGAUUUUGUUUUUUCGUUUUGGGGUGUUUUUUCUUUUCGCAGUUGUUACAGUAGAUUUAAUUUAAGGCCUAUCUAGGUAAGUGUCUCUUUUGAAAUAGACAUUUUCAAAACUAACUUGUGAAUAUCAUAACUAAGAAAAAUUACUAGCAAGUUGCACAGCAAAGGGGAAAAUGUACACUUCUACAAUCAUCUGAGGGGUUAGCAAAUCUUUUUAC